UUGAGUAAACACGAAUUCAGCGCCCAACAUAAUGACGUGUAUGUAGAAUUACAUGUUAGUCUUCCUCGCGUUGCCUAAUAAUUAUUUUGUUUUACCUUGCCCGUUGGCAUGUUCGCUAUAAGUGUAGUGAUGUGAAAUUAUAAGUUUUGCGUGGGUAUCGGGACUUGUAAAAUACUCAACAGAAUCUUUUGUUCGAAUUUCACAAUUCUUGGUUGAUGCACAAUGACGGAUUUUAAAAAAGACGAGGAAACUGGAGAAGCUUUAUUAAAUCGAAAUAUUGAAACUGGUGAAGACGAAUACAUUUCAUCUGUAGCACCACUAAGGAAAAAAACAUUUAAAAUUCCUCCCACAUAUACAAAAAAAGCAAAAAAUGGAAAGAAAACAAUAAACCUUGAUCUGUCACCGACAUUUUCGACAGCUCUUUUAUUUUUACUACCAACGACAAUAUUUUUCUACCCAAUUCUUGGAAUUCUGGCAGUAAUGGUAGAAGCUGUAAUCCACGUCUGGGCUCACAGGAAAAAUAAAUCGCUGAAAAACCAACAUCUCUACUACCAAAGUCCAUUACACAUAAUCUGCAAAGAAUUCUGUGGAUCUUGUAGGGAGGAAGAAUCAAAAAUGAAGAUAAGCAAGAUUCAAGAAAAGAGAGCCGACAAAAUUAAAAAAUAUGGACUUGAGUAUGUUAGAAGAAUUGUUACGUAAAUGCUAAGGAUUUGGCUUGUUUUUCAAACAAUAAACAAUUUUUAAAUCCAGGCAAAUCAACGCUAAUAUUUCUUGUUAUUUAAAGUGAAAUCACCAAGUCAAAAGUUGGUAAGCUGCCAACUUCUUUUAUUGAAAUUCCCAGAAAGAAUUUAUAGAAAAGUUUGAUAUUUCCGUUUUUCAAAAAAUACUUUAGGUAAGGGUAAAGUAUGUCUGACAUUGUUAUACUAAUAAAACUACUUCAAUAAAACUUGUAUUCUAUUUAAAA